AUGAGUGGGAGGAUACUCUCUCAUCGACUUACUCCGCUGGUGCGGAAUGGCCUAGUUCGCCAUAUCCACAAUGCAGGCUCCAGGACCGGAGGUCUUCUGCGCGCUGAUGGUAGUGCUACUUUGAGGAGACGCGCCUGGCCAAUAGGUGCUAAUGGAAUCCACAACAACGUGCCUGCUAUCCGAGCCUUUUCUUUUACGAGAAUGCUGCCGAAACUAGCUCUCAAGCUUAUUCGGCUCCCGGCUAUGUUUGGAGGAGCGACUAUUGCCGGCCUGGCUUAUUUCCAAUACCAAGCUACUCAGGCUGGAAAUUAUGCGAUGGAUAUUUUGAGAACCGCUAGCGAGACGGCAGGAAAUACGGCCUCGAGCUUAUUCCAGGGUAUACAGGAUGCUGCGGAACAGACUCAACGUGGAUGGGAGAAGACUACGGGAGACCUAGAGAUGCCCGAAUGGUUACAAAAGAUUCUUCGAGCAGACGAGGAAUCUCAAUCUAAAAACGGAGGGGACAAGGAACCCAACGAAGGCCGCGGAGUGACUGCGGGAGUUGCGGCUGGAUCGACUGCAGCAUUUGGUUACGAUCAAUCCGAUGAAAACGACUCUCGACAAGAAAAGGAGGUUGCCGAGGAUGACCAGAUGAUGCUUCUUACCCGUAAGAUGAUUGAAAUCCGGAACAUCCUCCAGACAGUCGGUCAGUCUGGCUCCUUGACUCUGCCAUCGAUUGUUGUGAUUGGAUCUCAGUCUUCCGGUAAAAGUUCGGUUUUGGAGGCUAUUGUUGGACAUGAGUUCUUGCCAAAGGGCUCAAAUAUGGUUACUCGGCGACCAAUCGAACUCACCCUCAUCAAUACCCCGAAUGCUCAAUCGGAAUUUGGUGAAUUCCCAGCCUUGGGUCUCGGCAAAAUCACCGACUUCUCCCAGAUCCAGCGCACCUUGACCGAUCUAAAUCUUGCGGUGCCGGAUACAGACUGUGUCUCGGAUGACCCGAUUCAGUUGUCAAUUUAUUCGCCUAAUGUCCCAGAUCUUUCCAUGAUCGACCUUCCUGGCUACAUUCAGGUUGCUGGCCACGAUCAGCCCCCGGAGCUGAAACAGAAAAUUAACGAUCUUUGCGAUAAAUACAUUCAGUCUCCCAACGUUAUCCUGGCCAUCUCAGCUGCUGAUGUCGAUUUGGCAAACUCUACAGCUUUGAGGGCUAGUCGUCGUGUGGAUCCCCGCGGUGAGCGUACAAUCGGUGUCAUCACCAAGAUGGAUCUCGUGGACCCUGCGCGCGGCUACGACGUUCUCACCGACAAGAAGUACCCUCUUCGCUUGGGAUAUGUGGGUGUUGUCAGCCGAAUUCCUCAGACAAAUGCCCUCUUCUCCCGGGGCUCUGGAAACAUUACCAGCGCUAUCCUGAAGAACGAGAAAGCUUACUUCUCGGCACAUCCUUCCGAGUUUGGAGCAGAAUCUGAGGUUGCCGUGGGAGUUUCCACUCUUCGCAAGAAGCUGAUGCAGGUUCUUGAGCAGACCAUGGCAGCUAGUCUAUCAGGUACUCGGGAUAGCAUCAGCCAAGAACUGGAAGAGGCUACUUAUGAGUUCAAGGUUCAAUAUAACGAUCGGCCUUUGAGCGCAGAAUCCUACCUGGCUGAAAGCCUGGACAGCUUCAAGCACGCCUUCAAGGAAUUUGCCGAGGCAUUUGGCCGGCCCCAGGUUCGGGAAAUGCUGAAACAUGAACUGGAUCAGCGUGUUAUGGAUAUUUUGGCGCAGCGUUACUGGAACAAGCCUGUCGAGGACUUGAGCCCGCCGUUGCUAGAGCUCGAUCCGCUCAAGGAUCUACCCAAGGCUGAUGCCGAGUCUCUAUAUUGGCACCGAAAGCUCGAUGCGUCUACCUCUUCUCUGACCAAAUUGGGUAUUGGUCGACUUGCUACAACAGUUGUUGCCAAUUCUCUUCAAAACCACGUUGAAUCGCUCCUGGCAUCUUCCACGUUCGCCACUCAUCCGGGUGCCCACAAACAGAUCACAGAUGCCUGCACAAGCAUCCUGAAUGACCGGUUCUUCAGUACAAGUGAUCAAGUCGAAAACUGCAUUAAACCUUAUAAGUAUGAGAUUGAGGUCGAGGACCCAGAGUGGUCAAAGGGCCGUGAAAAUGUUAGUAAAACUUUGAAGGAAGAGCUCAAGGCAUGUGAAGCAGCCACCAAAAACGUUGAGGACAGUGUUGGAAAAAGGAAGCUCAAGGAUGUCAUGUCUUUUAUCGACAAAGUCCGUAAGGGUGAUGUCGUGCUCGAGGGUAAUGGCUCAGGCGGUGCUGGCGGGUUCAGUGCUGCUCUUUUGGAGAGAGGCCGGGAUGGUGUCUUCCUCCGUGACCGAGCUGAUCUCAUCAAGCUGAGACUCAUGGCUGUCCGUUCCAAGCAGUGCGCCUCGCAAAAGAACAAGUACAACUGCCCCGAGGUCUUCCUCGACGUAGUAGCAGACAAACUCACAUCCACUGCCGUUCUUUUCCUAAACGUCGAGCUCCUCUCCGAAUUCUACUACAACUUUCCCCGUGAACUCGACAUGCGACUCGGUCGACACCUAUCCGACGCCGAGAUCGAGCGCUUCGCUCGUGAAGACCCCCGGGUCCGCCGCCACCUCGAUAUCAUCCGCAAGAAGGAACUUCUCGAGCUGGCCCUGCAGAAGAUUGAGGGCAUCAGACAAUUGGAUGGCCGUAAAGCGAGCCGGGGUUCCGAUCGUGCACAGGCUUCGAAAGAUACUCGUAGCCGCUGGGGUAUCUUCUAA